AUGCUUCAGAGCAAAAACGAGCUGCAGCUGGUGACCGUGCUGAUUACCCAAGUGGCUUCCCCAAGUUCGACCCACUUAGGAAGUGCCCAGAGGGGACGCUGGGGCGAUGAGGGACCAGCCAGCGGAGCCAAAACCAGUCAGGAAGAGAAGUCAACUGCAAAUACGAGCAACUGCCGGUAUAUCAAUACCUCAGAAUGUGACCUGAUAUGGAGAUAUGGUUUUACAGAAGUCAUUGCCCAAAUUAAAAACUUUGUGUUUGUCAAUAACUCUGAAAUGUGGCUGGAAAAUUAUGGAACAUCAAAAAGUAAGGCAGGUAUUGGAAGUAAUGGUGGUUUAUGCAAGGAAAUUGUCCUUAAUCUCCUCAAAGUAUCUGAACGAGAAGCACUCGAGGUGAUACUUGAACUGAAAGAGCUGAACUUGUCCUGGAACAGUGAAGUGGGAGGAAAUUUGCCUCUGACCCUCCAGAAAUUCCAAGAAGGGAGCAAGAUACAAACACUUGAGCUUGUGGAUUGUGACCUCACAUCUGAAGAUGGGGCAUUUGUGGGUCAGUUGCUACCCAUGAUGCAAAAUCUCGAAGUCCUUGAUCUUUCCAUUAACAGAAACAUUGGUGCCAGUCUGAACAGUAUUGCUCAGGGAUUAAAAAGUACCUCAAAUCUGAAAGUACUGAAGUUACACGCAUGUGGACUAUCACAAGAGAGUGUCAAACUACUGGAUGCUGCUUUUAGGUCCUUGUGUGAACUGAAGAAAUUAGACCUUUCCUGCAACAGGGAGCUGAGUGGGGGUUUUGAAGACUCAUCAGCUCAGCUGGCCACGUUGGAGCAUCUAGAAGUUUUGGAUCUUCACCAGUGCUCGCUAACGGCAGAUGAUGUGAUGUCACUGACCCAGGUAAUCCCUUUACUCUCGAGUCUUCAAGAGUUGGAUUUAUCUGCCAACAAAAAGAUGGGCAGCUCUUCUGAAAACCUCCUCAGCCGGCUCCGAUUUUUACCAGCACUGAAGUCCUUACUCAUCAACAGCUGUGCUCUGGAGAGUGAGACUUUUACCGCCCUCGCUGAAGCCUCCACUUACCUCCCUGCUCUGGAAAUAUUCGACCUUUCUUGGAAUAAAUGUGUUGGUGGCAACCUGAAGCUGCUUCUGGAAACACUGAAGUUUUUAGGGUCCCUUCGAGUGCUGAGACUGAGCGGCUGUGGCCUGGUGACAGAGGACGUCGCUCUCCUGGCUUCCGUAAUACACACAGGUCACCUGGCCAAGCAACGGGAGCUCGGCCUGAGUUAUAAUGACAGCAUCUGUGAUGCAGGAUGGGCCCUCUUCUGCCAAAAUGUGCGGUUCCUCAAAGAGUUGACCGAGCUGGAUAUUAGCUUUCGGCCAUCAACUUCUCGGGAUUGCGGACAAUGGUUUAGACACUUGUUACGUGCUGUCGCCAAACUUUCCGAGAUCACGGAGAUAGGAAUGAGAAGAUGGAUCCUCCCCACUUCACAGGAGGAAGAACUAGAACAUUUUCACCAAGAUCACAGAUGCAGCAUUCACUUUGACCUUGGUGAGUUUCAGGAAGCUGAUUUCCCAAGGCUUAACUAAGCUAUAAACCAUUAUCUGGAGGAGGAAAAGAGCAUGAAUGAAACUUAGUGUAA